CCCCUUUAGAAAAAAGCACUUCAGCCAAUGGGAGGAAGCCGCUUCACCUCGCACGCAACGCGCACCGGCUUGUGAUUGGUCAGUGCGAUACACCGAAUUCAUCGGACUCGGCGCAGAGUUCACCACCGAGAAAAGCGAUGAUAAAAACAACGAGACAUUUAUUGCGCGCCUUCUGGCCUCGUCUCCAUCUACCCCAGACCACCUCACACACCUUUUAGACGUAAACACGAACGCUGGUCUGUAGAGCUUACAGCAGAAACAAUCCAAUAACCAGAUAAUGAAAAUAGAAUAUCAAUUGCAUACUCAUACACACAAUAAUGUAUCUGCAAAUUAGAGGGCAACAGAUAUAGAAAUACUAAGAUUUUCAUAAUUACUUCUGUUAUAACGUCAAUGAAUCUUCCCAGUGCUAAAAUCUAUAGUGUUGUUAGAAGAAAACGUCAGUGAAAUGUACAACUGUUGAAGUCUUUUGUUUAAUGUGUCUGUAGUAAUACAUGUUCUCUUAAGCUAAUUGUAAGGAUUAUAAAUAAUCAGAAGGUCGAAAAUCAUGGUAUGAUUCAUGUGAGGAAAGUCCAAGGCAGCUUUAAUAAUAUUGUUUUGUAUGCCCUCUGUCCUUAUGCUUGUUAGAAGACAGUCUGCAAGGCACAAAUGUCACAAGAUGCACCUAAAAUAAAGACUGUAUGGAGUCUGGAUGUAAACGAAGCCUGCGAGGCUGAUCACACAUGAUGUGGUGAUGCAGCUCAAGACCAAAGAUGUCAAGUCCACAUUCUCCACCCACAAAAACUUCGUUGGCUGCCUCUUGACGCAUCUGAAUCUGAGAAAGUUCAUUUCGCAGCUCACUGGAGUCUAUUUGAAGCUGACGUGCCAAUCCAGCAGUCAGGACUUGGACUCUUUUCAGAGACACAGGAUGCUGCUGGGCUUUCUCUUGCUGUCUUCUUGGCAGUUCCUGUACAUGGGACUGUGUACUGCAGUACAAUCAGAGCUGACAAUCACAACAAUAAAGCAAGAGCCAUAUGCAAUGUCCAAAGGCACACAGCUGGAAGGGUUUUGCAUGGACCUGCUAUCUGAAGUAGCCAAAAAACUGGGCUUCAAGUACAGAGUGCAGCUGGUGAGAGAUGGUUCAUAUGGCAGACAGGAUGACAGCGGCAACUGGAAUGGGAUGAUUGGAGAGGUGGUGAGAGGGGAGGCAGACCUUGCGAUUGCUCCACUGACUCUCACUGCAGCUCGAGAGAAAGCUGUGGGAAUGACCAAACCGUUCAUGCAGACUGGAAUCAGUGUCCUACUAAGGAAAGACAUCUCAGAGGGAGCAGGCUUCUUUGAUUUCCUGACCCCCUUUUCAGCACAGACGUGGGUCGGCGUACUCAUUGCCUACCUGGGGACUGCUGCUUGCAUCUUUAUAGUUUCCAGGCUCAGCCCGUGUGAGUGGAGUCAGCCUCAAAGUGAGCAAAACAGAUUCAGUCUCCUGCACAGUCUGUGGUACACAGCUGGAGCUCUGACUCUUCAAGGCGCUGGUCCUCAUCCCAAAUCCCUUUCAGGACGAGUCAUCUGCUGCAGCUGGUGGCUAUUUGCUGUUGUCCUCUUGGCUUGUUAUUUCUCCAACCUCAGCUCCUCGAAGACCUCAGAGUCCAGCCAGCUGAUGGUGAAAGGGUUUGAGGACUUGGCCAACCAGGACAUGAUUGAGUAUGGCUGCCUGGCUGGCUCCUCCACCCUCGCUUUCUUCAAGAAUUCAAACAACCCAGUGUACCGCAGAAUCUAUGAGCACAUGGAGAGAUCAAAGAGUUUUGUGUCAUCUAUGGACGAAGGGAUCCGACGUGCACGAGAGGGCAGCUUUGCCUUCAUUGGAGAGUCUGUUUCUCUGGACUUGGCAGUAGCACGUCACUGUGAACUGGUCAGAGCACAUGAAGUUGUUGGCAUGAGGGGAUACAGUAUCGCUGCUGCUUAUGGUUCUCCAAUUAUAAAGAACCUCAGUGUAGCUAUUCUGCAGCUGAGCGAGGCCGGAGAGCUGGCUUACCUGCGAAGCAAGUGGUGGGCCAGCAGCUGCAUAGCAGGAAAGGGCAAGUCUUCAGCUAUGCAGCCGCACAGCCUCAAAGGGAUGUUUCUGGUUCUUUCCCUGGGCCUCGGGCUGGGAACAAUUCUGGCUGUCCUGGAACUCACUUCUAAGAGCCGCAGGAGCGCAGCAGAGCAGAAGAAAUCCUGCUGCACUGUCCUGACUGAGGAACUGAGUCUGCGCUUGAGAACCAGUGAUGCAAAAAAAUCUCAGGAAAAUGUAGAGAAAGACAAAGAAAAAGCAUAGAAACUCUUUGGAGAAAUGUCAGUCUGAAAAGUGUGCUUUGUUUAACUUUCAAAAUUUGUUCCAAUACUUGACAGACACAUUAACGUUGUAGAUUUUGAGUUUUAUUUCUUACUUAAAGAAAAAAUUAUUAGAAAACUCACAAUUUAUUAAAAUAGACCAUUUAUUACGUUUUAAGUACCAACCCUAGAAUCUCAAUGAAAAAUCAAACAUUACAGUUUAAUUUUAUAAAAAUAAUUGUCAAACCAAGUUUAUACUUGAAAACUAAAAAAAAAAGACUAACAGAUAGUACUCACAUAUUUAGUACUUUCUAUAUUUGUUGUUUACAACUCUGCAUCAUGCUAUUUUGUACAGUUGGCAGUGGCAUCAUGUGAUUUCAGCAAUUUCUUUUUAAAAACUAUUUUAUGCAUAAAAACUGUGUUGACUGUAAACAUUCCAGGAGGACUAAAAUAAUAAAAACUGCCUAAUUGUAUAA